UCACCUUCCUACACCGAGCACUGACGCACGGUAAUACAGAGUGUGACUGGGGCUCACUUCGUGCCACGUUUGCAGCUCUAUCGUCCCAGAGAGAGGAGACAGGACUACUGCCGUCCCACCACGAGAGUCAACCCCAUAACUUGCUUCCAACCUCAGUUGCCCCAAUUGCAAAUCACAUUGUCUUCAUAACCCUAGUUGCCCCAUCACACAGUCCACUCCAGGAGCUCAGUGCCCUCUACUUGACAUUCAGGGAAUUGUUCCCUACCCAGUUGUCACUCGUCUCCAUCUCCUCUUUCUAUUUGCCCUCAGUAUCCUCUGCUACACAGCUGCCCCCUCUUCAGUUACCCCCCCCCAUUGCCCCAAUCUUGUCUGUGACUCUCCCUCAGCUCCUCACCAAUAGUCUACAAAACCACCUGAGCCCUCUGUAUCUGUCUCCAGUUUACCCCCCCCCGUGGCUCCCUCCCUCUGACUUGCCCUCAGUGCCCGGAGGCUGUGUUCUGGGCGGGGCGAUGUGUUCCUGCGUCAAUGCGAGCGGACGCUGCUACUUGGAGUUUGGGAUCUUUCUGUGCGAGUCUGUCUCAAUCGUGAUCGGCUCCUGAUUGUGCAGCCGCUCCGAGUUCUCUCUGUGUCUGCGCUGAUUCUCGGCGGGUUGUCACAAAGAAGACUCUUACUGCCUAUUUCAAUAUCGGGAGUCCCAGAAUAUUCGAGAGACUGUGGCACCUUCGAAAGUUCUUGCCUCUGCUCCUCAUUUCUGAAGCUUUGCCUAUAGGUCUGCCCAAUGCCGAAAAACAGUAAAGUCACGCAACGAGAGCACAGCAAUGAUCCUGUCACAGAAUCUGUCGCUGACCUGCUCGCUGGAGAAGAACCUGUUGACUAUAAACACAGUGUGCUGAAUGUGGGAGGAGUCCCUGUGACGAAAGACCAGGAUGGAGGGAAUGCAAUCGAGAAUGAUGAUCGCCCAGUCUGGAACAAUAAGCUACAGUACAUCCUUGCCCAGAUUGGCUACUCCGUAGGCCUGGGAAAUGUCUGGCGUUUCCCUUACCUGUGUCAAAAAAAUGGUGGAGGUGCUUAUCUUGUUCCCUAUUUCAUCCUGCUUCUUAUCAUUGGAAUUCCCCUGUUUUUCCUGGAACUUGCAGUGGGCCAAAGAAUAAGGCGUGGGAGUAUUGGUGUCUGGAACUACGUAUGCCCCAGGCUGGGCGGCAUUGGAUUUGCAAGUUGCAUUGUCUGUUUCUUUGUUGGACUUUAUUACAAUGUUAUCAUUGGCUGGAGUAUUUUUUAUUUUUUUAAAUCAUUCCAGUCUCCCCUCCCAUGGAGCGAGUGUCCUCUUAUCACCAAUGGUAGUGUUACCAUUGUGGAACCAGAAUGUGAAAAGAGUUCAGCUACUACCUACUUCUGGUACAGAGAUACUCUGAACAUUGCCAAUAACAUCAAUGAAGGAGGAGGUCUGAACUGGAAGAUGACUCUGUGUCUCCUAUCAGCUUGGUUCCUUGUAGGAUUGUGUACGAUCAAAGGUAUCCAGUCAUCUGGUAAGGUGAUGUAUUUCAGUUCUCUUUUUCCAUAUGUCGUUCUGAUUUGCUUCCUGGUUCGAAGUCUGCUUCUCAGAGGCUCGAUUGAUGGAAUUCUUCACAUGUUCACUCCUAAGAUAUUGUCUGACCACAUCACAUCAUGGCAGAUCUCCAUGACAUCACCCAACUUUCUACCCAGUAUCUGCUCAUCUGCUGCUGGACUCCAUAUUUGUAUGUCUGUUAACGUUGACUAUUUCAGAACAUUUUUGGCUGAUCUGCCACAUUUUACCCUCCAUAAACAUGAGUCAGUGCAGGGUACAGGCCUUGCCUUUAUUGCUUUCACGGAGGCAAUGACCCAUUUCCCAGCCUCCCCUUUCUGGUCUGUGCUCUUCUUCCUGAUGCUCAUUAACCUGGGAUUGGGCAGCAUGAUGGGAACCAUGGAAGGCAUCAUCUCACCGAUUGUUGACACAUUUAAAAUGCGCAAAGAGUUCUUGACAAUUGGCUGCACAAUUAUCGCUUUCUCAGUCGGACUCAUAUUCGUUCAACGUUCUGGGAACUACUUUGUCACCAUGUUCGAUGACUACUCUGCUACAUUACCCCUCACAAUUGUGGUCAUUUUGGAAAAUAUCUCUGUUUCAUGGAUCUAUGGGACAAAAAAAUUCAUGCAGGAGUUGACAGAAAUGUUGGGUUUCACUCCAUACAGAUACUACUAUUAUACCUGGAAGUACAUCUCCCCUCUGGCUAUGGUCAUUCUGAUGUUGGCCAGUAUUAUUCAGAUGGGGAUCACUCCACCAGGAUACAAUGCCUGGAUAAUGGAGGAGGCUACGGAGAGGUUCCUGAUAUUCCCGGGCUGGGCCAUGGGUUUGACUGUAACUCUGAUUGUGCUGGGAGUUCUCCCCAUUCCUAUUGUUUUCAUUGUCCGGCACUUCCAUCUCGUGUCUGAUGGGUCCAACACUUUAUCAGUCUCCUACAACAGAGGUCGAAUGAUGAAAGAUAUGUCCAAUUUGGAUGAUCACGAUGAGACUCGAUUUAUCCUGAGUAAGGUCCCCAGUGAGACUCCCUCACCAAUGCCUAUUCAUCGCUCCUAUAAUGGGCCAGACAGUAUAUCACCGCUGGAGAUGACUGCUGCUAAUGGACGAUACGGCAUUGGUUACCUGUCCGCUGGCACUCCUGAAUCAGAACUGUAAGCUGGGCUUUCAAGAGGCAAAUCAGCAUCUAAUAUAGUUAUAAUAUUGAAUGAAUUGGUGAGAGGUGUAACGAUUAAUUAGCAGGUUGUAAUUGGAGAAAACAACCUGUAACUAGCACCAUUGAUUGAAAUCUGGUCAAUUUGACAUUGAUCUCCACUGGUUUAAAAAAAACACACAAUUAUGUAAAUUAGCCAAUGAUAGACUGGACCUGUAGCAGUGCGGGCACUGCAUGUACAAUGCUACAAUGGGAAUCACUGUAAUUGAUCUGACCCUAUAUCAGCAAACAUUGAAUAUAUUACCUUGUAUCAAAUCAGUCAUACACAUAUACCUGUAAUAGCACAAAUACCACAUAUACCAGCCUUGCAUCAGCGCAGAUAUGUAUAUACUCACCUUUUAUCUGCACAUACACUACAUAUGCUGAACCUGCAUCAAGACAAGUAUACUAGCUCUUACUCGGAAUCAAUGCUGUAGAUUUUGCCCUGGCCCCUUCAGCAGUAGCAGAUGAAAUAAAAACUGAGUUUAGGUACAGAUAAUGCAAAUACUGUGCAGGAAAUGCACAUCCUGAACCAAAAUCAGCACAAGAGCGACAUCUGCUGCAUUAUAUUACUCCAAACACCAUAUCAGCCCUGAAAUAGCACAAAUGUUAGGCCUGUAUCUGCACGUACAUGCCAUAUACUGCCAUUUAUGAAGACAAGCAAUACAUGUACUAACCAGAGUCAGUAUGAGUCUGUGUACUAACUGAGCGUGUAAGUGUUGUGUACUUGCCAUGAGUCAGUAUGUGUGUGUGUGCUCGGUGUGUCAGUCCAGAUAUGUUAAGCUUGUCUUUGAUUUUGUUAUUAAUGUUGCUGUAUUAAUGAUUUCAUUGAAGCUUUGGUACUAGGCCUUGUAUGGAUUUGUUACUAACCCUGUAUUUGAGCAUGUGUGGACUGAUAGCGCCUGUGUGUAAGUGAUGCAGGCUCUGAAGUUCCAGUGAACACACUGUAUCCUAACCUCGAAGGAUUAUCCUACAAAUUGAGCUUUAUCACCUAAGGAUCUGUAGGUAAAGAUCUUGACUAAAGCACAAAAACUGGUAACAGAGUGGUAAAUUCAGUCAGUUAUUAUGAGAGCAGUCCCUGAGAACUUGCAAGGCCAUUAUUAGUUGCAUUUCUGUAAUGAUCAUUGUUCCCUUGAUCACCUGACUGUGUUUACCUUUGAUUCUCCUUUUCUGUCAUUGGACCCUAACUUUCCAAAAUCUGCACAAGUAGUCACAUGUAAAUAAGUGUAAAAUGAUCUUUAAUGACCCAUUCAGAAUAACACAUACAGUGUAAAGUAGUCAUGAUUUGGAGAUGCCGAUGUUGGACUGGGGUGUACAAAGUUAAAAAUCACACAACACCAGGUUA